GAAAGUGUGGAGGACUGGAAGACUUCAAUUCGCAUCAGAUGGUGAAACGGCAUGGAUCGUGAGUUAAGGAGAAGAGCAACCGGUGGAGAUGGAGCGUCGUCGACAGCGCGGAGGAGAGACAUUCAUAGGUUUAAUCAAUAAGAUAGAGAAAUGGCUGGGCUUGAUUUAAUUCUGCAAAACUUUGGGCUAAGUCCAAUCCGAAAAACCCAAAAUUUUAAGAAGAAAUGCUGACGUGGCAGCACCAGAAGUGAGAAAAAGCCAACUUUAUAUAUAUAUAUAUAAUCUCUCCAUCAAAAACAUCACCAAAGAAAAUGGUUUCAUCACUGAAUAUUAUCCACGUGGAGCGAGUCACUCCUUCAAACUCCGACUCGUCCGAGUCACUCACACUCCCACUCACUUUCUUUGACCUUCUCUGUUUCAAAAUACCUCCAGUCGAACGACUCAUCUUCUUUCGACUAACCGAAGCAACUCGCUCUUUCUUCGACUCAGUCAUCGUCCCAAACCUCAAAACCUCUCUCUCUUCGUCCCUCUCACACUAUCUCCCGCUCGCCGGCCAACUCGUCUGGAAACCACUUGAUCCCAAACCUAGCAUCGUCUACGCUCCAACCGACGCCGUUUCAUUCACCGUCGCCGAGUCAAAAGCCGAGUUCUCACGCUUAACCGGGAAAGAACCAUUCUUCGCCACUGAGUUACACCCGUUAGUCCCUCGGUUACAAAACUCCGACGUCUCAGCCUCGGUCAUGUCGUUUCAAGUCACGCUGUUUCCAAACCAAGGGUUUUGCAUCGGCGUAACCGCACAUCAUGCCAUUUUAGAUGGGAAAACGACAACCAGUUUUCUCAAAUCUUGGUCGCACAUAUGUAAACAUCAAGAGUCAUCUCUACCUCAUGAUCUGAUUCCGUUUUACGAUCGCGCGGUCAUAAAAAGUCCACAAAACGGCGAUAUAAAAGUUUUGAACUCAUGGCAGACUUUAGUCAAAACGUUCACGGGCGGUAAAGAACCUGAAAACCCCAAGAGUUUAAAGCUUCGUCCGUCUCCCGUGAUUAGUCCUGAGGCAGUCCGGUACACUCUUGAGCUUACUCCCGAAGAUAUCCAAACACUUCGGGAGAGGCUCAAGAGAGAGUCUUCAUCCUCCUCUUCCUUGUCAAAGAAGCUUCGUUUGUCUACCUUUGUGAUAACAUAUUCAUAUGCUUUAACAUGCUUAAUCAGAGCUCGAGGUGGAGAUCCGAAUAGGCCUGUAGGGUUUGUGUUUGGUGCAGACUGUCGGAAAAUAGUCGUUCCGCCGAUCCCAUCGAGUUAUUUCGGUAACUGCGCCAUCGUCAAUAGUAGAAUUCCAUUAACCGCAGAUACGUUUACGGGUGAAGAAGGGUUUUUGGCUUCUACAAGGCUAGUGAGCGAGUUGGUUGAGGAAUUGGACGAGAGUGUGGUGUGGAAGAUCCCUGAUUUUGUUGAGUUUUUUAGAAGUAUUCCACAAGGAACACAAGUUAUAUCUGCUACGGGUUCGACCCGGUUUGGAGUAUACGGGUUGGAUUUUGGGUGGGGAAGACCGGAGAAAGUGAUGGUUGUGUCGAUUGAUCAAGGCGAAGCAAUUUCUUUGGCCGAGAGUAGAGAUGGGAAUGGUGGUGUGGAAGUUGGCUUCUCCCUCCAGAAACAUGAAAUGGAUGCUCUCAGUGAUUUGCUCCACAAUGGACUAAAACAUUGACCACUUAUUCUCAUAAUUUCAAAAUCAUGUUCGUCUGUUUGUAGUUUGUACCACUGGCUGUCACAGACUCAUUCUUAUUUUUGUUUCUAUUUGUGUGUGUGUGUGUCUUUUGUGUUGUUGUAAAAUGUAUUUAAUUUGCAGAUUUUUUCAAAUGUGAUAAUGCAAAAAUGUUUUAAAUGAAA